AUGGACAUUCGCAACUUAUUAAAUAGCCAAGAAGACGAAACAACUACUUCUUCCGAACAACAUCUCUCUGAAUACUAUAAGCCUUUUGAGUGCACCUGGGACGAUUGCGGUAAAUGUUUCUCUCGAAGAUCCGAUCUUUCCCGCCACCGUCGAAUUCACACCGGCGAGAGGCCCUACCGCUGCGAAUGGAACGGUUGCGGCAAACACUUUAUUCAGCGCUCGGCUUUAACUGUUCAUUUUCGAACGCACACUGGCGAACGACCCCACACAUGCGAAUACGAUUUAUGCGGUAAAUCGUUUAGUGAUUCAUCUUCUCUAGCAAGGCAUCGACGGACACAUACCGGAAAACGUCCAUAUAUCUGUAUAUACACAAACUGUGGGAAAUCAUUUACUCGGAAAACCACAUUAUCAAGGCAUCAGCGAUGUCAUGAUCCAGAGUGGAAGCCAUUCAGUUUUUCACCCAAAGUCCAUGGUCUGAGAAACCAAAAUUGUAUGAAUAAUAAAUGUUUACUUUGUGAGGAAUGGCCCAGUCAGGACUUAGAGUUUGGAAGAAUUCAAUAA